AUGCCUCACGCAAAGGAUGAAAAUGGCGACAAAAAAGCGAAAAAGAAAAAAAAAGACAAAAAGAAAGACGAAACGCAACAGCCGGCUAAUACAAAAUUGAAAAAGCCGAAAAAGGCAAAAAAAAGUAUUUACAUAUCCUACUCGCCCGACUCCAGUUUCAAUGAAAAGAAAUUUGUUGUUGAACUCGUACAGCAAAUAAAAGAAAAUAACUUAGGAGAAGACAUUUGGUUCGAUAAAGACGAAGGAAUAGUUAAUGAUCCGAGUUGGUUGACUUUGCGAUUAGAAGCAGUUGAUAGAUGCCGAGCUGCAAUCAUACUGAUUUCAAGAGAUUACAUGACAUGUCCAGUUUCCGUAUAUGAAAGCAAGAUUAUUCUUGAACGAAUUACCACAGACGAAGUGGCAAAACAACCUCGAGUAUUUUGUGUUUUAUUGGAACCGAUUUCACUGACAAGAUCAUUCACAGAAACUCUGAUGUCAGCGCAGGCAGAAGUCGUGGAUUUGACUGAAUUUUCCAGCUUAUCAACAGCAGAGAAAUCAUCAUUUGCGGUUGGAGCUCUUAUUGAAAGACUGGAGCAGGUUGCAUCAAUGAAAACACCAUACGUGCGACCAAUUGUACCACCAAGUGAUGGUGAAUUUACUGGAGCGUAUCAAAGUAAACAUGUCGUUCAUUGGACACAGUAUGAUGUUAAUGAAUGGUUAUAUUCUAUUGGAAUUAGAGAAUUUUACAGGCAGUCAUUUUCCGAACAAGCGGUGGACGGCUAUUUGUUGCUCGCGUCGUCUGACUCGGAAUUGCAGUGGUCUUUAGGAAUUGAUUCAAAAAUAAUAAGGAAAAAAAUCACGUCACAAUUGUUUCAAGUAUUGGAAAAAGAGCAAAAAAUCGACGACAACUGGCAUUUACGAGCGCGGGUCACUCGUCCAAAACAAGCAUGUUAUAUUAUUUAUGAUCCGCAAGACGUCAGACUAGCUACAAAUUUGAAUUCAGAUAUAGGCAGGCGAGGUUUCAAGGUAAUUACUCAUGGAAAGUUGGGACAGUCAAGAUCUGAAUUUCUAAAGCUUAACGGUGGGCUUUUAGCCCAAUGCAAUCACGUCAUAUGCAUCUUAACAGAAUCAGCUGCAGCAUCUCCGUUUGUUUUCCACGAAGUUUUAUUCUCGUCUUGGCUUGGUGGAGGACGGACCAUAGCAACAGCAGCUUUUAAAAAUGUAUGGGAUAAAUUGAAAAAUCCACUCAAAGCCGCACUGGGUGACUCACCCUCAAUUGACUUUGAGACAAAGAUGUAUUCAGAGUGUCUGGAUGUUCUUGAGCAUCUGAUAAAACCACCAGAUAAAAUAGCGGGAAUUGUAUUAGAACAGACAUACAUCGAUAGAAUGAACGAUGGAAUCCAGCCAUUGAGAGCCUUGUGUGCUCAGAACGCAAAUCUGAGAGCUCACACAUUGUCUCCAUUCGAAGAGGAAACUUUACACGCGAAAGUAUUUAUAAGUUACCAGUGGGAUAUGCAAGCAAAGGUACUACACAUUGCUGACCACUUUCUUGCACAUGAUAUGCCGUGCUGGGCGGAUUUAACAAUGUCAACAAGGCCGUCACUGUCACGCAUGAGUGUACGCACUACAUCGUCAUCCGCAUCUUAUGCCGAUCUCAUGCAAUCGGAAACUUUGAAAACGCAUAUUCAAAGAAAUAUGAAGGAAGCAAGUCUAGUGCUAUGUUGUAUUACUCCACAAUAUGCAAAUUGCGCAAACUGCGAGCAAGAUCUUGCUUUAGCGAUGAGUCUACAAAAACCCAUUCUUCCUGUAAUGCUUCGAUGGGUGUCUUGGCCACCAGAGGGUAUCAGCGAGCGAGUGAGGCGCAUCAUGGUCCGUCUUCCAAGACCUGUAGACAUGAGUAAUGAGAAACUAUACAAAGCAAAUUUGGGAUUACUAACCGAGAGAGUGUCACAAAUAGUCAAUUCAUCUUUCCGAACCCCGAGAUAAUGGGAAUAAAACUCGGAACCGUCGACAUUCUUUACGUUUACAAAGUAAAGUAUUAUGUAUUUCUACACUCCUGUUUACUUUCUACCUUGCCAAUUUUUAGUUUUGUGAUUUUAUAUCUUGCUGUUAUAUCAUAUAUUUUUAUACUAUUAUUUAUGUCAUGCUCUGAUACUUUUGGUAGUGCCAAAAAAACAGGUACAACAAGUUGUAUAUUUUAAAGAAUUUAUAACCUUCACCGCUGUGUGAUAAACUGGUUGAAUCGACAAGCAAAAAACCAAGAUCACUAUUUACACAGGAAGCUUUAGACACGACAAAUAUAAUUAUCUUAUACGCACAAAACUGCUAGGAGUAUGGAAUAACUUAUGCUCUUAGAAAGCUGACUUGUUAGUAGUUAUCAGUAUCUGCUUUAUUGUUUUGCCCGAUUGAUAUUCUACAAUUUUCUAAUUGACCUUGUCAACGAUAUUCUUGUGAUGGAAGCAUACAUUUUUAAAUACAUAACUUUUGUCCUUGUCCUAUUUUCCAGAAUAUCGCCGUGUAUUUCCAAAUUUAAUCUAAAUCUUAUUCUAAUAAAUAUAUAUUAUUAUUAGUUA